CAUACAACAAAUAAGAUGAAGGAAAAAAUGAUUAUUUAGGAAAGAUGGUACAGAUAAAAGCGAUGAAAACUGACCAUCACUUUCAUAAUCCUUGAUCCUUCUUUUAUAAAGCAGCGCAUGGUCAUUUUGGUACUUUUAUUCUCCUAAUGCACGCGCUAAUGGCCACUGAUACGGAUGAUGAUAGCCACCAUAUCACCAAAUCAGAGCAACCAAAGAAUUACAUAGAAAAUGAAGUUUUCUCUGUGACAUUAUUAUUUAGAAAUGGUGCUCAUAAGCAAUCUAUUCGUCCUUUUUAUUACAGUAGUCUUUCAAAGUCCAUGAUGAAUACAGCAUCAUAAAAGUUCAUCCUUGACGGGACGUGGCGGGGCCAAAGUGACUUUUUUUUAUUUUCCCGAAAAAUGGUGCGCCGACAUGACGUGCAUGAAUGCUACUUUUUCCUUUUUUUAUUUCAUGCCAACAGGUCCUUUAGAUACCAAUAUUACCCAGACAAUAACAAAUAUUGCUCGAGCAGCUACAGCAGGCCGCCGUCGGCAUUCUACGAGUAUACCUCCAACUACCUUACCUAUACCUGAUCCUCCUCAACACACUAAUGUCAGACAUCCAAACCGCGCUUCAGUCGAUGUCUACGGUAAUCUUGUGCCGGAGGACAGUAAUGCCACUAGUAAACGGAAUUCACAAGUCUUGGAAGAAGUAAAGAACACGUUACAAAUUGAGUUUGAGGGUGGCACGCAGGUGAUUGUCAGGCCCAAUAGAGUGGUGAGGGGCAAGGUCACUCUUAAUGCUGUGGAAAGAAUCUAUGCUACAAAGCUGGUGAUAAGAUUUCGAGCUGAAGAAGUGGCUAUGGUCAAAGUGAAUGAAACAAGUAUCGAUGGAAAGUCGAGUGAUAGGGCACAUAAAGUGAUUACAACUUACUUUAGGACAGAAUAUAGACUAUGGGGCUCUGAAGCACCAGCUUAUGGGCAUGCUGGUUGGGAUGAGAUAGAGCCUGGAACGUACGAGUUUCCUUUUGCAUUAAAGUUUCCCAAUGUCAAUUACCCACCUUCUACAGAAGAACCAAAAGGAUUUCACAUAAGAUAUAUAUGGACAGCGCAGUUGACCGGGGCGGGGCUUGAGUCUGGAAUAAAGAGCAGCGAGUAUUAUACACCUUAUAGGCCACUGUUGGUUUGCGUAAAAGAUCAUGAGUGCGUUUAUAGAACAACCGUGUAUACAAAGGAAAGAACAAAGCCAGUGGCUAGGAUAGAGGCUAGACUACCCAAGCAGUGUUAUGUUCCAGAUGAUCCAUUUGUAAUGCAUCUCAGGGUUGUGUUACUUCAAACAGAUUCAAGAAUAACUGAUGUUACUUACAAAUUUCGAAAAAAGCAUGAGGGUAAAAUGGUCCUUGUGAGCGGUACAGCCGUCUUGGACCAUGUCCGGAUUGUAGGAAGUGGUCGUUGCCUGAUCAACGAGCCAGAUUCUCAGAUUGCUACUGAUGUGGCAUUUACUAUACCUACUCGACUCGUUUCGCCUUCAUUUACUACGACACAUACACGAGUUCAUUAUGACCUCCAGUUUCUGUUGAAUGUUAGUGAACACAGAGGACUAUUCAAAUCAACUCAUGAGGUUGAGUUUGCUGUUCCUAUUGUGAUCGGCAAUCUAAAGCAUGAGCAACUCCUGCGCGUAAAUGGGCUGACAUCCAUUGGGCAUUACCGCAACAAUAAAGAGCUGCCAAUAUUUUUUGACCCUAAUCUAGAAGAUCCUCCAGAACAGUUUGGUGUCACGAGUGAUCCUAUUCAACAAGAAACACAGCUAACAUCAACACCGAGAGAAGAUCCGCCCAAUUACUUUAGUAUACCAACCAUACCCCCACAAUUAGACUUGAGAAAGCAAAGAGAGGAAACAAGCGUUUACUUGACAAGUGCAGCUAAGGGAGUUGAUCUACCAGAGGCAACUGUAAUACCUAAUUUAUUUGACGAACAUUGGUAAAAAAAAAAAGACCAAUAGACGCAUAUUUAUAAAUAAAAAAUGAAAGGAACGUCCUUUAUUUGACAACAUUAUACACUUUUUUUUAUAACCAAAUGUCUUUUGAUCAAGCUCAUUCACAAAACGGUGAAG